AUGGCCAAAAGCGCAAGAGCAAGCGUUAUCAAGAAGAACAAUCAGCGACUCAAGGCAAAUGUCUUUGGUCCCGUUGAGCAAGCCAGAGCCGAGCGUCUCUCGGCGAAGCUGCUAGAAUUGGCAAAGGCCCCCAAGCCUGAGAGGGAGGCAGACAUCAAGAUGGAUGUUGAGGAGCAGGACGACGAUGGUGCGUUCCCAGCCAUUUUCCAAGGCCAUUCCAUGAGGCAAGAAAGUUUCGAAACUGACAUUUCAAAAGCGGAAAUCAACGGUGAUGAUGAGAAGAAGGAGGCCAAGGCGGAUGACUCCAUGGACGUUGACUCGGCGAAACCCAAGCGUCGCUCUGGAAGAAUCCAGAAGCAAAGGAAGAAGACUUCCAAGGUCGUCUUCCCCAAGUACAGCGACCGUCGUGGAGGCUCCAAGGGCGGAGUGUCCAAGAGAAAGUAG